GGGACCUGAUGGCUUGACAGGUGCGUGACAAUCCAGCUCUUCAAGCAUGUACGCCAAAGGCAAGAGUAACACUGUACCUUCUGACAGCCAAGCCAGGGAAAAGUUAGCACUGUAUGUAUAUGAAUAUCUACUCCAUGUAGGAGCACAAAAAUCAGCACAAACAUUUUUAUCAGAGAUACGAUGGGAGAAAAACAUUACUUUAGGGGAACCACCAGGAUUCUUGCAUUCGUGGUGGUGUGUAUUUUGGGACCUUUACUGUGCGGCACCUGAAAGAAGAGAAACCUGUGAACAUUCUAGUGAAGCAAAAGCCUUUCAUGAUUAUAGUGCAGCCGCAGCUCCCAGUCCAGUGCUAGGAAACAUUCCCCCAGGAGACGGAAUGCCAGUAGGCCCGGUACCACCGGGAUUCUUUCAGGGACCACCAGGUUCACAGCCCUCGCCACAUGCACAGCCUCCACCACACAACCCCAGCAAUCCCAUGAUGGGACCUCACAGCCAGCCUUUCAUGUCACCUCGUUAUCCAGGAGGCCCCAGGCCGCCACUCAGAAUACCUAACCAGUCACUUGGAGGAGUCCCAGGAACACAACCAUUGCUGCCCAGUGGGAUAGAUCCAACGCGGCAGCAAGGACAUCCAACCAUGGGUGGACCAAUGCAGAGAAUGACUCCUCCACGGGGUAUGGUUCCCCCCUUAGGACCACAGAGUUACGGAGGAGGAAUGAGGCCCCCGCUGAAUGCUUUAGGUGGUCCAGGCAUGCCUGGAAUGAACAUGGGUCCUGGAGGUGGUCGACCAUGGCCAAAUCCACCUAAUGCAAACUCAAUACCAUAUUCAUCAGCAUCACCUGGUAAUUAUGUGGGACCCCCUGGUGGUGGAGGGCCUCCAGGAACUCCGAUCAUGCCUAGCCCAGGAGAUUCAACAAACUCCAGUGAGAAUAUGUACACAAUGAUGAAUGCUGUACCUCCUGGGGCCAGCAGGUCUAAUUUUCCGAUGGGUCCUGGCUCAGAUGGUCCAAUAGGGGCAAUGGGUGGAAUGGAACCACAUCACAUGAACGGAUCAUUAGGCUCUGGAGACAUGGAUGGCAUUUCCAAGAAUUCUCCCAGUAACAUAAGUAUGAGUAAUCCGCCUGGCACUCCACGUGAUGAUGGAGAGAUGGGUGGGAAUUUCCUGAAUCCCUUUCAGAGUGACAGCUAUUCUCCAAGCAUGACAAUGAGUGUGUGAUCUUGUAUCCACCCUCUUGAUCAAGACCAGAAUGGUUUGCCCUCUUAAAAGAUGAAAAAAGUACAUCCAAGAGAAGAAUGAAAUAUUUUGCAAAGGUCUACAGAAAACAGAGGUUUUGAUUCUAGCAAAGACCCUGUUGUUCUUCUGCAAAUGACAAUAAUGUCUCAUUGUGUACUGAAAGCGGGUCCAAAAUAUUCUUUUUAAGUUUACAAAACCUCAGAGACUGAACAGUUCAACCAUUUAUAUGUAGGAUAUGCCUGAUCUAGGCAUAACACAAAAUAACUUACAUGACCUCCCACAGUUUAAUAAGACAUGGUGUGCUUGAUUCAGCUGUUUGAAAGAAUACAAUCAGAAACACGGCUUAAUGUGAGUCUUCUUUCUUCUGUUUUUUUCCCUUCCAAAUUCAUUUUUUAGUCUAAAUAUUUCAGAAGUUAUGUUACAUGUAAUUUUGUAUUGCAUAAACAGGCUCCUAAUGAUACCUCUUUUUAUGCUUUAUAAGUCAUCAUUGCUAGUUGGUGGAACAAAAAUACUAGCCAAACGCCGUAGGAUAAGAUAAACAUGGAAGGGAAAAAGAAAAGCAAAUGAAUAUCUUGCACUUAACAUUGUGUUCAGUUAGUGUUAUUCAUUAAAUUAGAACUAUGUACUUGUCCUGUGUUAUAAGAGAGAGCCUGUCUUUUAAUCAUAGAGUGUAGUGGUGGAUUCAGGUCCUUAUCCACAGUUCUGGCACACCAGUGUUGAGCACUAGAUGGAAUAUGCUUAUGGUCACUGAUAAUAGCCAGUAGGUUCUAUAGUAAUUACAACUCAUGAAUUAGCAAAUUAUUUUUUUCUUUCUCCUCUUUAUUCCCCUUUACUCCAAAAGCUGUAAAAUGUGCUGAAACAUAGUGAUCUGGGAGCACAAUUAAGAAUAUUCAAGGUAAAUUGUAGAACUUGUGGGACCUUGGUCCACCACUAACAGAAAAUGGCCAAUUUUCCUUAGUUAAUGUUGCCCCGUAAAGAUCUGCAUUUUAGCCAUUACCUCUUUUUAAAAAAAAAUUGAAAAUGAAACUAUCUUUUGUAAAUUUUCAUGUAUUCCUUAUUCUUCCUUCUGUGCAAAAUGAUAUAUUGUAAAUGUACAUUAUGUGUAGAUUGUAACAAACUGCAGUUUUCUUUUUUGGUUUUUGAUUUGUAUGUGUGUGAGGUUGAGGGUUCUCAAAGUUACUGCAGUUAGGGCCUUUUCCUAGAGGAAUGCUUUUCUGGUCUGAGAGUGGAAUCAGUGUAAAUUUUUUUGUACAAAUUACAGGCUAACUUUUUCUGUUCUCAGACUACAUUAAAGGGUAGAUAUUUCAAUGGGAAUUAUCAUCAUUUUCCCACAUAAAAUUAUGAUUUUAAAACGCAUUUUAUUAUACAUAUUAAAGAAGUAUACAAUAAUGGUUAACUGAGUCAGCUCCUGUUAAUUCAGUUGAUACUUUUUAAAAGCAAUUAAUCCCAUUACAAUUCUCAAUUUUAUGUCAAUAAAUUUAAAUAGGGAAUUUAAAAAAACAAUUGUUCAGAAAACUCGGCAUGGAACCUAGAGAUAAUGAUUGCACAAUACAAUGUAAGGAAAUUUUGUGUAACUGAUCAAUAUAUUUGUCAUUGGGUUAUCGGUUAUCAUGAAAAGUAUUGGGAAACUAAACAGUCACUGAACACUUGGUAAAAUAACAAAAUAUAUAAAUUGUGGAUGUAAUCCUUUCUGAGGUUCCUCAUUUGAAAAGGCCCUAAUAGAUAUGUGGAGUUACUGUACAACAAUUUGAUUAUAAAAUUUUGCUUGCAUGAAAUGAUAUGUGUAAGUAAAAAAAAAAGGCACUGCAACACCUCAAAAAACUAACUUUAAUAUAGUCAGUCAGACCUACCUUUCUUGUAUUAUCUUUUGAAGAUAAUUUAUAUAUUAACCAGAAAUGUAAUGCCAGUACCAAUUCAAAUGCAUAGUAAUCACAUACACCUUUUAAUUUCAAUCUGAAUACAAUGCCUAUUGUUGAGGUGAUGAUAGUUAGCUUUCUUUUAGUGACAGUUUGCUGAAAUAUGAUGACAUUUUUGUGACUUUUGUGAGGUUAAGCCAAUAUGGCAUUUUUAAUGUUGUGGUUUAGAGCAUUGUGUUUGGAUUCUGGGAAGAACUGGCCUGUUCUCACCAAGUGAUCUGAGCAUGCAAGGUAAAUUAUUGUGCAAGCCACAUCAUGUACUGAAGAACGACAAUUUGAACUUCCAGCAUUUUUUUUUAACUGAACCAGAUCAAAAUAUUGUUAUCUCUGUAAGCUUCAUUGGAAUCCUGAGUGCAUUAAAACUUAGUUAUAUUUUG